UAUUGUGUACGCCAGUGAACAAAAAGAAACUAUUUUUAUCACUCUAGAAACCAAGCCCGACCCAAAUACAACCCCGUAAAAUGUCCACCGCCGGAAGCCGCCACCUUCUCCGCCUACGCCUCUCCUGCCGUAAAAUCACGGCACAAGUGACAACAACCACCACCGACACAAUCGUGGCAAUGUCUUCAUCAUCGGAGCAAGAGUUUGCGGCGCAGUGUAAAGCCAAGCUGAACCGAGUGCCUAGGUGUCUUAAUUUGUGGGACGCGAAGAUCGCUUCUAGAGUCGGAGAGAAGCUCGGCGAUCGGCUUAAUGAAGUUAAAGUUUAUAACGUGGAGAUUGAUGUUGAAGAAGAGGUGAAUCGGCCUGUUCAUUAUCGCAAAAUGGUGGCGCCGCUUUUUGAGUCCGUUAAGGGCAAGGGUAUUGCUGUAGUUGGAGCUGACAAAUUGGGUUUCUUCUAGUUAUUAUUGUCAAUUUUUGCAGUUCUUCCUCUCUAGCAAGGCUUGCUCCCCUUCAAGCAAUACUAUUUGACAUUGAUGGAACUUUAUGUGAUUCUGAUCCAUUUCAC